AUGUCAAAACAAACAAGUACUGUAUUAUUUUUUGAAAGCGAAACAACAAAAUUUGAAAUAUAUAGAAGAAGAUCUAAUUUCAUAGAUUUUGCUAAAAAAUGUUCAACAGAAAUUGACGGUUUUGAAUUUGAAGAACCGAUUUUUGAAAAAUAUGAUGAACCUAUUAAAGAAUUGGAUGAAGAAGAAAUCAAAAAUGUUAAACAGUUAGAAUUGAUUUUUUCAAUUUGUGAAUCAAUUGAAAAAGAUAAAAAUAUUGACAAAAAAAUUAAAUAUAAUAAAGUUCAUAAAGCCAAAUUUGAUGAUAUUGAUAGAGUAUUAUCAUCUCCUUCUGAUAAAGAAUUUAAAAUUCGUACAGAUUUAUCAAAUAAACUUACAUCUAAUAUUAAAGAAGGAAAGGAAAUUGAGUUUCCGUUUUUAAAAAAAAGAAUUGAUAGUUUACCAGAUUAUAUUUUUCAACGAAUAGAUUUAUUAAAUACUGAUCAUAGUUUAUUAGUUAGAUCUGCUUCAUUUGAUUUUUGGUAUUGUAAUGUUGUUAGUCCUUUUGGGGAUAGAUCAUCAAUUGAAAAUUUUUUUAAUAUUAUUUAUACGAUUUUUGAUGAUGAAGAUAUAGAAGAUUUAUCUUUAAUUAUCGCAAUGAAUAAGAUAGACUUUGAUUAUAAUCAAUUUAGAAAAGUUGAAUAUGAUCCUAUUGAAAAUGUUAAAUAUUUAUUUGAAAAUAACAAUAACGAUGAUAAUGUUCUUCCAUUUUAUAAAUUUGAAAAGGAAGAAGAUGAAUAUGAUUUAUGCGACAAAUAA